AUGGCCACCGACCCGAAGGCCGUCCGUCGUUAUCAUGCUGGCGUCGAAAGGGCGCUAGGACUAUUCGAUGCUACCAACGAGUGGGCAGACUACAUCGCUUUCCUUAGCCGACUUGCAAAGUCCCUACAGGCUUCUCCACCCGAUACCGAUGUGCCCUUCAAACCUAUCUUGGCCAAGUAUCUCGCACUGUGCCUGAAACCAUCUCUACCGGCCGGAGUACAUCAGAAAUGUCUGGAAGUGUACGACCUCAUCUUUUCUUUACUGGGCAAGGAUGGCUUGUCCCGUGAUCUCGCUAUCUGGCUACCGGGCGUCUCCCAAACUCUCACCUUUGCGUCUUUAACCACGCGGCCUCUAUUCCUAUCCUUGUAUGAUGAUCAUAUCUUAAAGCUCUCCAGCCGAACAAUCAGACCGGCGCUUAGAGCAAUUAUUUUGUCCCUACUGCCAGGCAUCGAGGAAGAGAGCAGUGAGGAUUUUGACCGGACCCUGAGAACGUUCAACAGGUUACGUGAGAUUUUUGCCGAAGAUGAUGUUGAGGAAUUCUUCUGGCAGAGUCUCUUUCUGGCUUCAAUCACAAGUGUCAACAAACGACCAGGGGCACUUGUUUAUUUGACGCGAUAUCUUCCAAAGCUGGGACCGAGUAAUUAUACACCAGGGCAAGAUCCUAGUAAGAGUGGAGCAGAUGAUUCUAUGAAGCUAGCUAUCAAGUCUGUCACUACGCCAGAACCAGGCCUACUCGUGCGUUGCUUUGCAACAGGACUACAAGACGAUCAACAAUUAGUUCAACGUGGCUUCCUGGAUCUAUUGGUAUCUCACCUUCCACUCAAUGCUCCUAUUCUUCGCAGUCGGGUCAUUGCAGACGACUUAGACAUUCUUGUUUCUGCUGCGAUGUCUGUGGUGUUGAGACGAGACAUGAGCUUGAACAGACGUCUCUGGACUUGGUUCAUAGGCAGAGAAGAUAAGAGAGAUGGAUCGACCGAUCUGCCUUCUGAUGCUGCUGUUGAUUUAUCUCCAAUUACGCCCAGUCGAAAAGAGUCAUCUACAGCCUCCAAGCACGACUUCUUUGCCGCUCAUGGCCUUGAAUCUGUGAUUCGCAGUCUACAGAAAAUGCUGAGCAAGUCAGCUUCCUCCCCUGUGGAUAGAGCACGUCCCUUUCGAAUUAUGCUGUCUUUGAUGGAUCGGUGGGUUAUCGGAAGACAACCAGUGGAGGCCUUGUUUAUCACCGCGAUGCGAGACCUGCAACUGUAUCAGACUACCGCACCUUCUCAAGGCUCUUUCGAUGAAGUGUUUAGAAGUUCCAAUGUAUUCUUCGAUGCCAUCGAGCCUCAUGUCGUUGCGACUCAGCUAUUUCUGUUGCUUCGUCAAAGACAACUUGAUCUCAUCGAGUUUAUUGUGUCGAAUUUCAGUCUUCAAGAGGAGGAUAUGACAGCAACUCAUCUCCCAUUACUGUGUCUAGCCAUUUCAGAGAUGCUACUUGGCGUCCGUUUAUCUUGCAAAAACGAAACUCCCGGAAAGAACGACAUAUCAUAUGACAAUCAACUGGCGAGGCUGUUGGAUGGCUUGGUCACUCUGCUGCCUCAGCAAGCUGCAGACUCAUCAGGUUCACCAUCAAAAUCAGAACCAACAGAAGACAUCAUUUCUAGCCUUGAAUCCUUUUACAGCAACUCAAGAAGAAAAGCAAACAAGGUCGAUUUUAUCAGCUCAGGUGGAGCAGUACAGCUCGUACUCCGGAAUAUCACACUCUGUGUCCUCGAGUGCGCCGGUAAUCCCGAACGCCACGUCCUCCUUGCUCCGGUGACCAGCGCGGUCCUGAAGAUAAUUUCAAAGUCUGGCAGCCAAAAGGCACUCCACGAGUUGAAGUUGGGGGAUCGACUUGGAAGAGUUCUGCGUACAGAAACUAGUGCGCUUGGCGAGAGAUACGAAGUGACGAGAACCGUUUCCAGGAUAAUUGAAACCCUCCAUUCCUUCGAUGGAGGGGUGUCGACAUUAGCAGAGCACGAUCUCCUGUCCUUAAUACCUGUUUUGGUCUCUCAAUUAUGGGAAGUGCUUCUACCUAGCACUCCUCAGUUUCAUGUUGAAGCCGUCGAGCACUUCUGGAAUCUCCGUCGCAUAUCGGAAGAUUUACUCGUUGUUGAUAGCAAGCUAAUGGAAUUACUCUGUCUACAUGCGGAUCGGAUAAACAUUCUUGAAGACGACAUGGCGCGUUUCUCGACACUAUGGUUGCAUACUCGCUUCCCUGAAGUCACUGUGGACUUUUUCUCAGCUGAAAAGCGCUCCAACGAAGACGAAGUUCCCUGGUCAAUGCUGAGUCAACCUGUGCUGACCAUUCUGGACGGACUCGACGUCAACCAGGAGAACGACCCUCGACUUAUGUGGCUAAGCAAUUUGCCUUCAUUGCGACCGGUAUUCAAGAUAGUACACUCGGUGACCGUGCAAGACAGCUCACAACCACAACUUUUCCUGCUCGGUCUCCACCGAGUACAGAAAUUUGUGACUAUUGCUCGACAAUCGAGUUUGCAAAGAAGCGACUUCUUUGGGCCUGAAGGCUUCGGAGAAACUCUUCUAGAAUUUUGCACGGAUAUUUUAUCAAUGGCUGAGGCACACACAGUGGCUUCGAGGUCUGCGCUGUCAAUCUUGCGCCUGAUGAUAGACGAUGUUGAUAUUCGAGGAAAACAGUCUCUUAUUAACCUUCUCAUUCAUCAUUUGACUGGACCUGGUGAGGACGUACAGCUCCAAGAGAGUAUUUUGGAAACUUUGCAGGCAAUUUUCACGAAGUCAGUCUCCUCUGAGCCUCCACCUAACGAAUUGAUAUUGGUUCUUAUGGCUGGAAUCUCUUCGCCAAAAGUCGACUCAAUGAUCGAUAAAUGGAUCACUUUGCUUUGUAAUACAUUACCUCUGUGCUCUACACAGAACUUGUUCGCAAAUAUGCUGAAGCUGACAUCUUGCUUCUGUGGGAGUGUCAAGCGCAACUUUGAGCAUAUCCAACGGCUGUAUGGGAGGGCGGUUUCGAAUACUCACCUGAACGGCGAUUCUACCUCUCUUGAGACAAAGAACCCCGAGAGAUCUAUUAACAAUCUACUGGCUGGCUUGGAGUAUAUUCUUGCGAGAGCACAUACCCACCUAAGCGAUCAAAGCCUCGCCUCGGAUAAUUCGAAACCAACUACAGCGGAGGUGAUACAAUCUCGUGCGAUAGCCAACAAUAGACUGACUGUGAUUCUGUGCAUGCAAGAUACCAUCAAGCUUUGUGCAGAAAUAUGGGCAUGGCGCAUUCUCAAAAGAUCUACCUCCGCUGUAUCAGACAACAAGUCGUUCAAUUACAUGUCGUCGCGCCUGCGAACAAGGACACGAAGGAUACUUGAGCAUUUGGCCGAUGCUGAACCACAGGAAUGCUUGGAAACACUCAUGGGAAUAUGGGUGGAAGAGGUCAAGCGAGGUUCAGACCAGGGUGUUAGUCUGAACUUAAUGCAGAGCCUCGAUGGGGCACGACCCAAGUUCAUGAUGCCCGCAACCUUCAAUGCAAUAUACAACCGAACGAAUCCAGCCGCUCUAGAUCAGACACAAAAGUCAAGCUUAUCAGUUGAUGUCAAUGCAAUCGAGCUAAUGGCAUUCCUCAUUGCCUACGCGGGUGCUUUGGAAGAUGAUUUGUUGGAGGAAAUCUGGACUGACUGCACUGCUUUUCUACGUGAAGUGUUAGCAAACCCCAUGCCACAUCGUCAAAUUCUCCUCAGACUUUUAGAAUUCGUGGCUGUCAUGUGCCAAAAGAUGGAGAAUACCAAUUUCGGAGAAGUGCUUAAGAUGCGUCGCGAGUUGGCUGAUCUGUGUGCAAGGUUGUUUACAGCGAUUUUCACCAUCAAGCCAGUCGGGCUCGAAUCACUACCAGUGCGGUCACCCGAAGAAACGAAGAGAGCAGCCGAUGCAUUGACAAUUCAGCGAAGAAAUACCCUUUCCAUCGGCAACGCUAUUCAUAUCUUGUGUGAAUCGCUUCCAGUUAUUGGGAAUGUUCUAGGGGACUCAGACAGAGUUUAUUCGGCAUUUUCUGGCAUUGCCGUCUACAUCAGUGGUCCGGCACUGCGCGCAAAACAAUUUCCACAGACUGUUAGCGUGGACUUGUUGCGCUUGUUACGAUUAAUGUCUAAAUCGCAACCAAACAACAAGGUAUGGAAGAAGGACAUCUUAGAAGCGUACAAUGAUCCCAAAUUCUUCCAAACGCCGUUCCAGCUGGCGGAGGAGGGCUGGCUCCCACUCAUCAGACAGUCUCUGCUUACUGAUAAGGGCUUGAUGACUGAACUCCUCACUCGACUAACGCCACCUACCACAGCCGGCCUCAUGUUCGGUGUCGGAGCUACAGCAGCACGAACCGAGGCCGAUCGCAGGACACAGCUAACCUUGAAAAGAAUGGCCCUUCUCCUGCUUGCUGGCGACAUUGACACAUUUGGCGCCGACCUCACCCAAAUAAUGCGCAAGCUCGAAGAACUCCUAACUGCUACGGUCUCUUCUUCGCCAUCAUCCAGCACGCGAGGGGACGUAUACAUCCUCCUUCGUGCCAUGGUCAUGUCCUUCUCCCAGGCCCACUUAGUGGGCACCUGGCCGAUCGUAGACAUUGAGCUCCGAACGCUUUUCGCAAGCAUGCAGAAAGGCGGCGGCACUCCAGAGGACUAUGAGAGCUCCACGUCGACGACUUUCACGCCGUUCUCGCAACUCCAAGGCGCCAAACUUCUCGAUCUACUCUUACUGCUCAAGCCGGAAGAGUUUCAACUUCACGAGUGGCUCUUUGUCACCGACACCGUAGAUGCAGUCUACCCGCCACAUGACUUUACAUCGUCCGCAGCGGCGGAUACCAUUGCGUCGUCGAUCGGAGGAGGUAGCAGUGGCCACGGUGGGUCCAUCGCAAGUGCUGCUCCAUCGUCAGACGUCGAGCUGCCGAGCGCGGCGUCGAAGAACGAAGUCCGAAAGCCCUGGCUGUGUAACGAUCUGAGCCGCUCGGUAGACGAUAUGCAGACGCUGCUGCGUCCGUUCUUCCGCCAGUUGAGCAUUCAUGCCUUUGAGAACACCUACAGCCUCCAAGAGGUCGAUAUCGAGGCGUGCCGCAGAGACCUCCUGGCGGAUAUCUUCGUUGAUUGA